UUAUAUAAACCCAAUUCAUCUUACAAUUACAAGUCAAUUCUCAGUGGCCUUUAAAAAGCUGAAGUUCAAGAUUCCAGAUCCAGGACAACUAUAGGCUGCCUUUUUAAAAACUUUGUCUGCAAGUGUCAACUGUUUCAAGCCCGCAAAUAUGAGAAUUUCCGGUAGUAUCAUUGCUCUUUUGAUGGUUGGGGUGCUGGUUGUGCCUUCUGAAGCAUUCGCCAAUGACGCCAUUCAGAGAGCAGGCGACUUCGUCACUGGAGCCGCCGAGGAAGUAAGGGACUUCGUCACUGGAACUGUCAAGGAUGUAAGGGAUUUCGUCGGUGGAUCACGCGACAUGCAACGAGCCUACAGUGAUAUGCGUGAGGCAAACUCCACUGGUGCCGAUAAGUCCUUCCACGCCCGGGGCAACCACGACGCUUCCAAGCGAGGACCAGGAGGUAAAGGGGCUGCCAAGCUGCCAAGCAAUGUCCAUGAAGGAUGGCAGGGAGGAGUGAGCGGCCGUGGUGCUGAAGAUACCCAAACAGACCAGGAGGCCAACAGAAGGGAGCGCAUGCGCCGUAGUAAACACCCCGUUAGAAUCAUAAAGGAUGGCCCCAAGUAUGCUUAUGCCUAUGUUUAAUUUUUUU